UUCGCUUUCGCCCGCCUCCGCGCGCCAGCCAGGUGUCCUCGCGAUCCCCUAUCGCUCUGGGGUCCAGUCGCCGCGCCCCAGACCCGACCCCCGUCACAGUGCGUUCCCCAAAUGGCCGGCGACCCCUGGCGGAGAGAGGAGGAGAAGGUCCCCGACGGCAGGCGACCCAUGGUGGGAGCCAGGGGGCCCCUGCGCCUCCGCGACUGGCUGGUGGCGCAGAUCGAGAGCGGGCGCUACGCAGGGUUGCGCUGGGAGGACGAGGGCAAGACCCUCUUCCGCAUCCCCUGGAAGCACGCAGCCAAGCAGGGCUACCGGGCGCAGCAGGACGCGGCGCUCUUCAGGGCCUGGGCCAUAUACAAGGGCAAGCACGUAGAGGGCAUUGACAAGGACGACCCCUCCACCUGGAAGACGCGGCUCCGCUGUGCCCUCAACAAGAGCGCCGACUUCUGUGAGGUGCAUGCGCGCAGCCAGCUGGACAUCUCCAACCCCUACAAGGUCUACCGGAUUGUGUCCGACGGUACCGAUGGCCCAGUUACCAGGGCUUGUGCUCCCCCUGAAGAGAAGGGCAUUCUCCAGAGCCAGGCGGAGCCCCCUGGAGAAGCGACGGAGCUGGCCUGCAGGACAGACCAGGAUGGCUCCGAACUAGCCACAGAGGAUAAGGACAAGCAGCAGCCUAGGGGGCUGGCCCAGCAGGGCUCCCUGCCACCAACCACCCUGCUCCCGGGCCCUUUGGCUGACCACAGGUACCAGGCACAGGACCCUGCACACCCUUGGAGCCCCUCGCCCCCUGAGGACUUCAGCAACCCUGAUUGCUGGCUGCACGUGCGGCUGUUCUAUGGCGCCGAGCUGGUGCGCGAAGCCACCGCGCGCACCGCAGAGGGCUGCCGUCUGAGCCCGCGGGCGGCCGCCGCCGCCGCCGAGCGCCUGCUGGGGCCGCCGCGGCGCAUGGCGCAGGUUCGCUUCCCGGAGCCGCCGCCCGGCGCCCGCGUGCUGCAGCGCCUGCUGCCGCACCUGGAGCGCGGCGUGCUGCUGUGGGUGGCGCCCGAGGGCGUAUUCGCCAAGCGCCUGUGCCAGGGCCGCGUGUACUGGCGCGGCCCGCUCGCCCCGCACCGCGCGCGGCCCAACAAACUGGAGCGCGAGCGCACCUGCCAGCUGCUCGACACGCGCCGCUUCCUCGCUGAACUGCGCGCCCACCUGCAGGAUGGUCACCCAGAGCCCGAGUACCAGAUCCGUCUGUGCUUUGGCGAGGAGUACCCAGGGCCCCCGGACCAGCCUGAGGAGCGGCUCAUCAUGGCCCAUGUGGAGCCAGUCUUCGCCCGGGAGCUCCUCCUGCAUAUGAAGCGCCACGGCCAUGGUGCCUGGGCCGCAGGUCCCCAGCCCUGCGUCCAAGGCAUCACUCACCAUUGAUGCAGCUGAGUCAGCCCUAAGCAGCUGCUUCUUCCUCUCAUGCCCUCUAAAGUCAGCCCCCCACCAAGGUGCAGACCACACCCCAGCCCUGCCCAAACUGAGCCAGAGGUCUUGGGGCCUCCCCCCACCCAUCACCCAGGUAGGUUGGGACAGUGGAAGCCGAUGGCGGCUCCACCCUCUCAGCCAUGGAGAUGAAGCCCUGGAACGUGGCACGUAGCCCCAGCAGCUGGGCCUAGGGCAUCAGGCGGAAACCAAACUCAAGCUUGAGGUUCUGGAAACAGCAAUUACAUCAGAAACAAGACUUCAUCUCUUUGCUGAGAGCCCAACAUGCAUAUAGUGGUUUACUAAAAGCAGACCUUAACUGUGGUUGAUCCGCUGUAAGUUUUGCUUAAAGCUGGGUUUACCAAUAAUUAGAUCCUCAGGGUUCUUUAGAGUGGGGCCAACCAGUAACAAUUGCCCACCUCUGAGGGGCUCUGAAUUUCCAGACCCUUCCUCCCGCCUGCCACUCAUCUCUCUUCUUCUUCUUCUUUUUUUUUUUUGGUGAGGAAGAUUGACCCUAAGCUAACAUCUGUGCCAAUCUUCCCCUAUUUUGUAUGUGGGAUGCCUCCACAGUGUGACUUGAGGAGUGGUGUGUAGGUUCUGCACCCAGGAUCCGAACCUGCUAACCCCGGACUGCUGAAGCUGAGUGUGCAAACUUAACCACGAUACCACCGGGCUGGCCCCCUCUCUCUUCCUUUUGGGUGUGUGUGGAUGGAGGGGGGAGGAGGUCCCAAACAGAGGACUUGGCCUGAACCUGGGGCUGUGGAUGCUGACCACUGAACCACCAGCAGCACCUGUAGAUGCUGUCUUUGGAGAAGUUGAGGCAGGCCCCCAAACACGACCCUGAGGCAGAAGCCAAAGUGGGAGCCAAGAGUCGGGCCCUCCCCCAGGCCGGCCAGUCUUUGCAAACUGUAAGUUGUAGGGCGUCCUUGAGCCUUGGGAGGCAGCCCACCAGGAGGGCAGUUGCCCCGGCCUCGGCAGGAAGGUCACUGUUUUCCACUCCAGAUAUCUAGAACUUCUUUCCUUUUCUGGUUUCUGACUUUAUUUAUAGGAAUCCUCUCACAGAUGGCAACAUCAUAGGUCUCUUUUAGUGAUACAUGAGGAAGCCGCUUUUAUGGGGAAGGGGGACUGUGUGAUUCAACCAAGGCCAGAAGUCCAUCAGAUCACUGUUCUUCUAAUUCAUCCAACAAACGUUUAUUGAGCACCUGCUCUGUUCCAGGCCAAUGCUGGACACUGAGCAUAGAGCAAAACACCAUGGUCCCUACUCUCUUGGGGUUCACAGCCUGCUUUCCAGUGGAGGCCCAGUGACUGUCCUCUACUCCUGGCCCUCACAGAAAGGGUGGUGGUAAGGAGUUACAGACUCCUGGGUUGAAAUCUCAGCUUUGUCACUUACUAGCUGUGUGUGACCUCAGGCAAGUCACUUAACUUCUCUGAGCCUCAAAUUCCUCAUCCAUUCAAAAGAAGCUAUGAAGCCCUUUGGAGCAGGAUUGGUCCAAGAAGUAAAUGUAAGGAGGGGACGUGAGUGGCCUGGCACGAAGAGUGGCGCACAGUAAGCGCCCACUCAGUUACUUGUGGGUAGGAGAGUGUGGAGGAGGCUGCCCCACCCUUCAGAAAGCCUGACUGUCUGUCCUGGGCUUCGCUGCACCCCCGGCCCAAGGCUGCAGCUGGUGGGGAGCCUCAGUUCAGAGUGACGGUCUAAACCCCUGCUCUGCGCUGGGGAAACAAACUCAGCCAGGGUCAGGGACUGGCUGGAGAGGCUUCUUGGGAGGGUGGACGUCUCUGCCCAGUUGUCUGUCCUCCCCACACCAGUCACUAGAGGGCGCUGGGGGCUCAGCAGACCCAGUUCCGUGGCCCUCCACAUCAUCCCAGGCUCCCCUCCCUGCUUACACCCCAGGGCUAGGAGGGCAGGGAAUGGUGUGACCUCGAGGGCUCUGCACUGCGGGGAGGAGAAAGUAGACCAGAGGCCUGGUGGGAGGAGGAGAGGAGGAAAGGGGAACUAGAGGUGAGGACUGGAGAGGCCCCUGGGGCUUUUCUCACGGAGACUCCCCAUUCCCCAGCUCAGCCACUUAGAUCCCCCGUCUCUCGUCAGCGUGUCUCUCUGCCCGCCCUCUCUUGUGUCUGUACCUGUGUCUCUCUCCAUCUCCCUCUUUCUCUGUAGAUUUCUGUGUUUCUCUCUUUCAGUGAUUCUAACUUCUGUGUGU